GGCGGUUAGAGGUGGGCUGGGGCAGCCCUCGGCAUCCCGCGACCCAAAGGGGGGCGGGAGGGGCUGGCGAGCGGCGAGUUGAGAGUGUGCUGCUUCAAAAUGUUAAAGGAAACUAAAAAGUUUAUUGGUAAAUCCCUUCAGCCAGCACGACCUGUGCACCAUCUGUCUUCUAAACAAGCCAUUGCACUAAACUUUCAGACUGAAUUAUCUAACAACACUGAAGUAUGUUUGCAGAAUAAGGUUGACUGGUUAUCCGAAAUGACUGAAGUGAAGAUCUUAACUCAAAAUAUGAUGCCCUGUCAACCAAAACAGCAUGAAUCAGAAGCAAAAAAAGAAAGGAUCAAAUACAGCAGAGAUUUCCUUCUGAAACUUUCAAGUGUUUCUCUGUCUCAGAAGAAGCCAGAGUUUCUUCCUGAUCAUCCAAUUGUACUUGAAAAGCCAGAAAAGAGCAACCCUUUUAUUGACAUAUGCAAGAAGUGA